AUGUCCAGGGCUCAGACUGGGACUAGUCUGCAGGUCCAGUGGCUCCACCUGCUGGUGUCAGUGACUCCACCUGCUGGUGUCAGUGACUCCACCUGCUGGUGUCUGUGGCUCCACCUGCUGGUGUCUGUGGCUCCACCUGCUGGUGUCUGUGGCUCCACCUGCUGGUGUCAGUGGCUCCACCUGCUGGUGUCAGUGGCUCCACCUGCUGGUGUCAGUGACUCCACCUGCUGGUGUCAGUGGCUCCACCUGCUGGUGUCAGUGGCUCCACCUGCUGGUUGGCUCCACCUGCUGGUGUCAGUGACUCCACCUGCUGGUGUCAGUGGCUCCACCUGCUGGUGUCUGUGGCUCCACCUGCUGGUGUCAGUGACUCCACCUGCUGGUGUCAGUGACUCCACCUGCUGGUGUCAGUGGCUCCACCUGCUGGUGUCAGUGACUCCACCUGCUGGUGUCAGUGGCUCCACCUGCUGGUUGGCUCCAUCUGCUGGUGUCAGUGGCUCCAUCUGCUGGUGUCUGUGGCUCCAUCUGCUGGUGUCAGUGACUCCACCUGCUGGUGUCAGUGACUCCACCUGCUGGUGUCAGUGGCUCCAUCUGCUGGUGUCUGUGGCUCCAUCUGCUGGUGUCAGUGACUCCACCUGCUGGUGUCAGUGGCUCCAUCUGCUGGUGUCUGUGGCUCCAUCUGCUGGUGUCUGUGGCUCCAUCUGCUGGUGUCAGUGA